AUGAAUGCUUACUUUGGAGGCUUUGCAGCUGCAAUGAUUGAUAAUCCAGUUUGGGUCAUGAAUGUUGUUCCCGUCAAGGCCGAGAUCAACACCCUCGACGUCGUUUUUGAACGAGGAUUGGUUGGAACAUAUCAGAACUGGUAUAUUUUUCUUUCGUUUACACCCCGUCGAUCACCCUGCCCUCUCCGCACUUCAUCAAACCUCGCCGUUACCUACCCUCUCCUAAUUGAAUACGAUGUAGACAAACUGUCAUCAGCUGGAGAAGUCGAAUUUGUUUGUAGAAGUUGCGAUACCAUUUGA